AUGAAGAGUUUUGCUCUCCUUUUCCUGGUUGUGAUCUGUGGCAUGGGAGGACUGGGACAGAAGCUGAAGCCAAAGAAAAGAAGCAAUGGUGAAGAAAUCAAAUUUCGGACUAAAACCAAAGAUGUUUGCACAAUAACCGUGAGUGGUGAUGACGAGAUGAAACUUAGAAUUGAAUGCAAAAGCCAAGGCAUGUCCUACUGGUGUGAAUUCACUGGCAAGCCAUCAGUCUGUCGUGCUUUCAGAAAUAAUCCGAAGAUUUACUGGAAUCAGAUUGCCGCAGAACUCAGAAAGAUCCCGCAUGCUUGUGAAUCCAUGGAAGUGUUGAAGACCACCAUGUGCCAAAAGGCUCCCCCAGAGGCUCUCAUGAGGCAAAUAGCUGCUGGUAUGGAGCCAGAAGAUCUGGCAAGCCAGGAAAAAUCAGUCCAGAAAGCUUCCAUUCCUAUGAGAGGAGCAGGGCAAAACUCUGACCCAACCCAGCAUAGUCAAGGGUCUGAAAAUGAAACAGAAGCAAUGAAACUGGCACGGGAACAUUGCUGGGAAUCUCUGCAUGGUGUCUGCUCCUACAUCAUUGGCAUCCUUAGGGGUUAAGGAUUUACUUCAGAGCAAUGGUAUUACAGUUGAAGAAGGGUCCUUGCUGCAUUUUAAUAAUUUAGACAUAAGAAUUUUGGUUAAACAUCAGUAAUUUCUAUAAAUCUUUUAGCUGUUUCCUUUUUAAAGAAAAAAUUAAACUUUUUAACGACUCUGAAAAAUUCACAAAACUGGAGUGACUGUGCUUAAAGUGUUAGGAUGAACUAACUGCCCUUAGGCUUGUUACACACC